CGAUGGCUUUUAUCCAGCACGUGUAGAAAUGCACAUGUUGUCCCUCGCUGUAAAGUGACGUUGGUGGAGAAGUGAAGAGGAGAGGAGUCUAAAUAUUCUCUCAGGACAAUAGUGCGUACGACCAAAACCUCGGCACACAAUCUUAAUUAAGCAAUAACGUGUAUGAAACUAGUUUUAGACGUACUAACAGCACGUCAGGUUGUGUCAGUGGCGCUGGACAGCAGGUUGUUGUGGUACCGACCCAGAAACGAACCACCAUUAAGUGAUGCUGUCACCGGGGAGUCCUUCCAAAUGGCAAGUGCGAGAUUCCCUCUCCUUGACCCCCAGUCUCCUCUACAGCGAGAGUGACCAGACGGAGGAUGAAUCGGAGGUCUUCUCCUCUGAGAGUGAGGCCGCAGGAGUUGUGCCUGGUCCAAAGCCAUGUUCCUUGGCCAAUGGGAGCUCUCAUAAUUCAAAAUUGCCUCACACCCUUGUGAACCAGUGGAGUGGUAGAGCUGAAAAUGUUCAAACUGGAUGUUCCUCAGCAUCUCCAGCCUACACUGGUCAGACCUCAACAUCAGUUGAAAGGAUUCCCACAGAGGGGGACCGGCGGUUUGCACGCAAAUGUGCAGAGAUGCAUGGGUACAUCAGACCCCUGUUGGAGCUGUUGAAGGGGCUGAAAACCGGUCGAUAUGAUAAAGGUUUGAGCACAUUUCAACAGAGUGUUGCCAUGGAUCGACUGCGAAGGAUUGUUGGUGUUCUACAAAAACCCAACCUUGGGGAGAAGUAUAUGGGUACUCUUCUGCAGCUGGAGAUGAUGUUAAAGGCUUGGUUCCCUCAGGUGAGGCCUCAGCAUUGCGAUGACACCCCUUCACUCCACAGUCUUAUGGCUAGCCUGCCUCCACGCUGGAAUCAGGACCAGUUACAUAUUCCUGUGAAGAAACGCAGAUUAAGUUGGUCGGAUUCUGACUCGCAAGGUUCUUCAAGCAGCAAACGCGUUCAAGAGGACGAUCGAGGUCUGAGCCCCAGCGAUAGCAGCUCAUGGCUCAGCAGCUCCGAUACCACAUCUAGUGAACUUGAAGACAGUAUGAUCUGUACAAAUCAAAAUAAUGUGACAUCUGAACCUAAACUCAUCGAAAACGGCAAACUUCUAGUCAGGCAAAAGACAAACUCCUUGAACGAAACCUCUAAGACUGCAACAGGAAGACCUCCUCCACUUGUAAUACCAUUGUCAGCCACAGAUGGCAGCAGCUUGGGCAUGCAGGACUGUUCUGUGUCCUCCACUAAUCCUACUUCCGCCCCACCAGAGGACAUGAUGAUGAUGAUGAUGAUGAUGAGUGAGAAAGAUGUGGGUGAAUCUGUAAAAGGAGAAGGGCCAAAAAAACAGAUUAAUAUUUGCACAGAGAUGUUAAACGCAUAACAUUUAGAAGUUUCUCAUGUUUAAAAGAAUGAUUGACUUAACCAUUUCUCCAGCCUGUUGAUACCGAGAAUUCAUUGUUUUUCCACAAAGUUUUGUUUAUUUAGUUUAGUUAAUUUUGCAUUCUGCCACAUAUAUGUACAGCACAGAAAUGAUCAUAUGUACAGUGUGACAUAAGGUUUGUGUUUAUACGAUUAUAGGUUGAAGAAAGAAGUGUCUUAAAAUACAUGCCAGAGCCGUAUAGUCAAGCGGCGAAACAACAUGCACCGCUAUCAAACACUACUGCUCCACUUUCCAUGAUAACACAGACUUCCAACAAUAUCUGCAGCUUUAUGAACAUAAAACCAGGAAGCCAGAUAUCAGCAGAAAAAUAGUUUGGUGAAACGUCCAGAAGCAUGACUGUGAUAGCAAUCUACAUUAAUGUUCUUUGACUUGAAUUGAAAACCACUUUGAGCAUCGGCUGAAACAGAAAUGCAUUAUAUGGGAGGAUAUUUUAAAGGCAGUUUUAUUUAUUGCAUUAUUACUUGAAGAUACUGAAUUCACUUAAGCAGCCUUAAAGUGUCAGUACAAGUGGGCCGUGGCCAUUAUCAUAGCUCAGUGUUUCAUAUUUAUUAAGAGACCGAAAGAAUAAUCCCAGGAACAACAGAUGGGAUGUGUGUGAGGUGUUAUUCUAUAAUCUGGAGAGUAAACGUUCAUUUAUUGAAAAUGUUCUUGCCAAAAACAAUGCACAUUUAUGUUGUUCUGCUUCCAUGCUAUAAUAGUUAGUUUUGUUUUAGAGAUCUCGAUUUUUGUUAUAGGAAAUUGCACAAUUGUUUCCUUUAACUCACCUUUUUUUCCCCAUUUAGAAUUUGUGAAUCUGAGCAUUGUGACUAUUAACCAUUCUCUAAAACUAACAUGUUCAAGUUAAUGAUGAAUAUGUGGCAUGUCACACACUGUAAAAGGUCACACUGAGGCAGAUGAGACUUGUAUUUUAUUUAGUUAUUUGUAGAAUAUAUUCUGACAUUAUAGAUGCAGUAUUUGGUAGUCGCUUCAUGAGGAAUGAGAAGAACUUUUUGGCUAUGUUGACUGAGAUGCAUGUAAUCACGUCUUUGUGCAGCUGUACAAGUAUCGUGUGAAAAAUACAUGCAAGUAUAUUGUUGGAAUUAUAAUGGAGAUUAUACUGUAAGGGAAACAUGAACAUGAAGGUGUAUUGUGAGACUAAUAUUUAAUGGCACUUAACAGCUUCACGCAUUGAGGAAGAUGUUUUUAUUAUUAUUUGUUUCAGAAAAGUCCGCCAUUGUAGCACCACUCUUAUUUUCUAUUCAUGAUUCAAAACCUUUUUCUCUUCUAAGUAAUUUCUGUUCUUGUAUCAAAGUUGUUGCUGAAAUGUUUUUCAACG